AUGGUUAUCGAGCGUGACAUGUACGUUCUCGUCAACGUCCAUCAUGACUCCUGGACCUGGGCCGAUGUCACUCAAGCCAAUGCGAACUACACUCAAAUCGAAGAGAAGUUCUACCGUCUGUGGUACCAGAUCGGGGCCAAGCUAGCAUGCAAAUCAAGCCUCUUAGCUUACGAGCCCAUCAACGAACCUGUAGGGACUACCGCAGCACAUGCAGCUGAACUGAGAAAGCUUGAGAGUUUGUUCUUGCAAGCCAUCACAGACGCUGGUGGCUUCAAUGCCCAACGCGUCGUCACUCUUAAUAGUCUACAAGAGAACAGUGACUUGACCUCACAAUACUUUGUCCGCCCAUCAAACAUCACCAAUCCCUGGGCCAUUCAGUACCACUACUACUCGCCUUAUCCAUUCAUCUUCUCUGCAUGGGGAGGCACAAUCUGGGGCUUAGAUACCGACAAAGCCGCUCUCGAAGCAGACCUUGCCAACAUCCGCAACAACUUCACUGACGUGCCUCUGAUCAUCGGUGAAUGGGCUGCAUCUCCAGUAGCAACCGAGACAGCAGCCCGUUGGAAGUAUUUUGACUUCUUCGUCCGCACAGCAGCGAAGUACAACACCACCACGGUGCUCUGGGACAAUGGUGCUGACUUUCUGGAUCGUGCAAGUCAUGUCUGGCGGGAUCAGGUCGCUAUCAACAUCUACACGUCUGCCCUUGCGGGCGAGGCCAACACACUGCCUGAUAGCACGACAGACCCUAGCGCGAAAACGCAAUUCACCAGUGCUGACCUCUUCGUACGUGUGGGUCAAAAUGUCACUUCUCAGAAACUACCCUACCUCAUCCCCUCCAAUACCACAUUGGUCUCAAUCUCUGGAUCCAAUGGCAUAGCACUGAACAAAGCAGCUGAUUACUCAAUCUCUGGCGGUGACAUCACUUUCUCAGCUUCGUUCCUGCGCACUUACUUCACUCCUUCCACUAAGCCUGGCUCCAUCACAAACUUGACGCUUGACUUCUCGACCGGUGUUGAUUUGACUCUAAAUCUUGUACUUUGGGACACACCCACAAUCAACAGCACUUCCAGCUCCGUAUCAGCAGCAGAUGGUUCAAGUAUCUCCAUCCCUGUUCAAUGGAAAGGCAUCAACAAACCUGCAACCGUCAAGGCAGUGAACGCCAAUGGAACCUACCUAGUUGACGACUUUACAAAGUACUAUGGACCUUUACAGAAUGCCAGAACUGUAAGUUUCCCUGCUCAUGCUCAUGUUGUAAGUACAGAUUCUGACAUGCAAGUCCAGACGUACAAUUCUCAGUGGAAUUGGGAUUCGAACAACUUGAUCAUUACAGCUGCUGCUGUCAGUGCGGUGGAAGCUCUGGGUGAGGAUGUCAUCUUUAACUUCGAGUUUUAUCCUAGAGUACCUGUCAAUGCUGUCAACUAUACAUUGACAGUUUAA